AUGUAGGUGUUCUUGCUAAUUCACGCAAGCGCAAUAAAUGUACUGCGCAUUGCGAAUGCGCAUUGCGUAGUUUCAACGAGAGUCAUACUUAAAUUUAAAUCUUGUAGAUGGAGCGCGUUUCAAUAAAAAUCGAUUAAUCGAUGCUGUAAUCGAACUUAUUCGUAACGAACCGUUAGAAACAAAAACGGCAGAACUCACAUUUUACUUAUAUAUUGUUUAUUUAAUUGCUCUGAAUGUUUUAUUCAACUGAAUUGCUUUCCCUUCGGCGAAAGGGAAAAUUGGCACGAUGCUGGCUGGCUGCAACUGUCAGCGAGAAAAUGUUUAAAAAAUUUUGCAAACCCAAUCUCAUUUCGAAGAUUGAUGUGUAUCGUAUUUGCGAAGAGAUUUUGGUAACGGUCGAAAUACGCGACAGAAGAAGCUAUGGCAGAUUCAGUCUAUAUCUUUCGUCGCAGUUAAUGUAUGGAGUUACAAAAAUACUUUUUUAUCAGACUAAAAUUUUUCAAGAUUACCUAUUUUGUAUGUACAGGAAACUGCUUACAAUUCACAGAAAUGAUAUACGAAAAUUUCGUUGGGAUAACUCGGAAGAAGCGAUUGAAGAAUCAAAAAUGCAAGUACCUUUGGUUGAUAUUGACCAAUUUCAAAUAGACGUCAUUGAAACUGAGGAGGAAAAACGUUUAGCGUCUGCGAGAAGAGAUCAACGAGAAUCUUUAAUUGCUGUUGAAGGCGGUCAGCUGAAAAAGCUUACUCCUCCAAUUUCCAAAAAGAGAAGUCUGAAAUAUUCUGACGAAGUUGCAACAAAAAGGCGUAAAAUAAGUCCUGAAGAAAAGACACCUCCGGUACUUGCGCCAUUACCGGAAACAGUACCUGGACCGAUACCUGAGCCAGUACCUGAACCGAUACCUGAACUCUUACCUGAACCAGUACCGAUUCCAGAACAGCAAGAGCAAGCUCAACAGAAUCUUGAGCGUGAAGCGAUAGUUGGCUUAACAAAGACCAAGAAGAAACGAAAGUUUAGCGAUAAAGAGACUAAAUUGAGCGAUACUGUAAUGCAAAGUUGGAUUCGGAAUAUUUCAGCUCAUACUAUAAAACAUCCUCGAUUUGCAACUACUUUACCAUCAGUAAUGGAAUAUAUAAUGCAACCUUCGGUGAUGAUUUUUAAUAAAUCGCGAGGAAGAUCGUUGAUCAAACUGUUUGAACAACAUCUUAUUGGACCCUUUGUCGCGCAAAACGAAUAUGAAAUACUUGACUUUGAAAUUGAAGAUACAAUACAUGGAGAAACUAUACGUGCGGAUAUAUCAAGUAAAAUACGAGAUCAAACAGCUGAAAUAUCUAGCAAACUUGCAAUAACUACAACUGAUACAACUGAUCAGUCUAAGACACUAGAGAAAAUACCGCCGAUAAACGGUUUUCAGCCAAAAUUAUCCGAUGAGAAUCAUAUAACAGAAAUGAAGGAAGGUCAAGAACCUAUAGUUGAACUUCCUGAUAUCACUGAUAUUGAACACAAAAUUAGAGAAUCAUCUGUCAAACUAGAGAAGUUGAAUGGUAGAAAGUCAGAAUCUACUUCUGUUAGUUCUGAAACACGUUUAACUAAACAUGAACUGUUAGCAUUAAUGGAAGUACAAUGGCAUGAGAAAGGAAUGAUUAAAUUUGAAGAUAUAAUUUCACCAGAAAGCUAUAGUAAAAAAGACGCUGCACGUGCAUUUUCUCUUUGUUUAGAAUUUCAUAAGGAAAAAGUUGUCAUUUUGAAACAAGCUGAAUGUUUUUGUACAAUUUGGAUAGAAAAAUAUCCUUGUUACAGUUCAGGAACUGAUGAAAAUACUGCUGCAUCAUAGAUGUGCAGUUAUCAAAUAUUUUUUAUUAUCAUUAGUUAAGUAAGAAUACCACUUAUUAAAAUAUUUAUUAUAUAAAUUUAUUUUUAUAAAACACGGUGAACUUGCUAUAGCAUUGUGUAUUUAACAUGUGAUAUAUGUAUAAUACAAGCAUCUUACUACAAAUUAUAGAAUAUCUGUAUAAAAUGAAUAAAGUUCUUGUAUUUUGAUAAAUCGAUUUGUAUAUUAAAUUAUAUUUUUAUGUUUCAAUAAUUUAUUCUUUAUCGAAUAUAUUGCAAAAAUUAUUACUUAUUUUAUAUAAUAAUGUUUCGGUAAUACUCUUUUAUUACACAAAAAAUUGGAAACUUUUUAAAUUAAGUAAUAAUCAGUAGAUACAUUAAAAUUAUAUCUCAUUUAAAUAUAAUUUGAAUGUCUUAACACAUUCAUUAUUUAUAUAUGUUACAAUAAAUGUACAUAUAGCUUUAAAUCUUAUUUAAAAUACAAGCAGAUAUUCAUUAAUUCACUUUUUCUACAUGUCACAUUUCUUAAUUCUACUUAUUUUUAUGAGUGUAAUUUUUCAAUAACGAAUACGUACAUUUAUUAAAUAACAUAUACAGAUAUAUUUAUUUGUAUAAUUGUUAAUAUGUAAUUAACUUAAUAAAAUAUUAGUUCAUAUUAAACUACUUAAAUAGAACAACUAUUGUAGUAGACUUGAUUUAUUGUUCACUGUCCUAUUCAGAUAGUUUUGUAUGAAAAAUGUAAA